ACUGCGCGCAAUUUAACAUUCAAACCAUUUUGACAUAUACGUAGAAAAACAACAACGCACCGGACCUAGCUGUCUAUUUGAAGCGGACGAUUUUUGUUUAUUUUCCAUUCAUUUUUAUUUUUAAAAUAUUUGGAAUAAAAAAAAGAAAAGAAAAAAAAAGAUAACUUCAAUUGUAGUGCAAAAAAAAAAACUAAACAGUGAAACAUGAAUAUUGGCGAUAUUUUCCCGAAUUUUGUGGCCAAUACCACAGUUGGUGAAAUUGAUUUUUAUAACUGGCUUGGAAAUUCUUGGGGCAUUUUAUUUUCCCAUCCAGCUGAUUUUACACCAGUGUGUACAACUGAGUUGGCCCGUGUCGUUCAAUUGUAUCCCGAGUUUCAAAAGCGUAAUAUCAAACCGAUUGCUCUGUCAAUUGAUUCGGCUGAAUCGCAUUUGAAAUGGAUUCCAGAUAUAAAAGCCUAUGGAAACAUUGACGAAAACACCGAAUUUCCGUAUCCAAUCAUUGACGAUCAAAAUCGUUCGUUGGCGGUGAAAUUCAACAUGUUGGAUCAAGAUGAAGUCAAUUCAAGUGGAAUUGUUUUGACUUGCCGGGCUGUGUUUGUAAUUGAUCCAAAUCGCAAAUUGCGACUCUCAAUUUUGUAUCCGGCAUCAUCGGGCCGAAACUUUGAUGAAAUCUUGCGAGUCAUCGAUUCAGUCCAAUUGACCGAUUCACACAAAGUGGCCACACCCGUCGACUGGAAGGUCGGCGACGAGUGUAUGGUUCUACCAACAAUAAAAAAUGAAGAGUGUUCGAGUUUGUUUCCAAAAGGCGUCAACACAUUUGAAGUACCUUCGGGAAAAUGUUAUUUGCGCAAAACACCAUAUCCAGCAUCCGAAUAAUCACUACAUACAAAAAUCAAAUCUCAUUUUUUAUUCCAAAAAAUAAACAACAAUCAUAUAUUUUUGCGAAUAAAUUCUAUUUCGAUUCAUA